UUCGUGUGUAUGCAUGACGAUGAGCUCGUCUUAGUAACCCAACAUGAAGAAACUUGAGUGUGUGUUAUUUUGUUUAUUAAUAAGUUACUGUUUGGGAGAAUUAAGUAUUGAAAGGAAAGAAAAGUUUCUUAAUGGGUUUGUUGAGUAUUUAAACAACCUACCCAACCAAUUUUAUUCAUACGAAGAAGGUUAUAUAUUAAAUGCGCAGAAUACUGAUGAUACAAAUUGUUACAAUGUUGAGACCUUGCUACUCUCAAGACCUAUUAAUGAUUUGGAUAAUGCAAAGUAUCAGAAAUGCUUUGCCACAAUAGUGGACCUUGAUGAUAAUGGGAUAAGCAUACAGAAUAAUCAACAUCAUUGUGAGGAUUCAGAUCUGAUAUCUCAAGUAAAUUCUUUGGAUGAUACCAACCUUGAAGAAGUUGUUGUGGAUGAGACAAGUACUACAACUGAGGCUGUAAUCGGUCAUAAGCCAGUGCAGCUUGAUAAUGAAGUACAAAUUAACACUGGGGUAACUUCUGGUGAGCAAUUCAUUGCUGUGCCGAGAAGGCAACCAGGUGGAGCUUGUGUGGGUUGUUCAAGUCAUGUUAAUCCGCAAGCUCCAGGUGUUACAGAAUUAGCAACACUCGGCGUCAAACAUUUAAAUAUUCAUGAGCAAAAUGUGAAACAUUCCCUUGAAGCGGUUUUAGAUGUCGAAAGACAAGUUCAAGUCGUUAACGGUGUUAGAUACAUUUUGAUACUACAAGUAGGAUAUGAACCAUGUAUUACUACAAGUGAGGGAUGUGUUGAUAGAAAAGUCUGUAAAAUAUCUAUAUUGGAGAAGAGUUGGAUAAAAUUACCAGAUGGUUCUAAAUAUAGAGCGGUUUUAUCUAAUAAUUGCACAGAAGAAUGGCAAUUUGGUGACGAAGGCGAAAUAAUAACGAAUGAUGAAAAUAAUCCGCACACUAAUAAUCCCAUCGAUAACAACUCAAAUCCUACAACUGAUGAUGACAAGGGAUCAAAUACUGGUUCUGUUGAUGAAGUUGUGAAAUCCGAAAAAAAUUUUGAUGUUCAAUCCCAGCCUAAUAAGGGACUCAGUGAUGAACAGAUAAAAAAAAUAGAAGAACAAAUCAUACCAUAUGACCAUAUUUACGAAACUACAACAAGUGUAAACAUUUUAGAAAAAUCUCUUCAACCUUUACAAGAGAAAGUUCAUAGCGUUGACAAUGCUGAAACAAUUACACAUCAAGUAGAUAAUACAAUUCCGUUCAAAGAAACUUUAUAUCACGAAAAGGAGAGUUUCUUAGGUGAGGAUAGAAAGAAGGCUAUCGACGAUUUAAUAAAUUUUUUUGACUCUGCUGGUCUCGACAUUAACCAAGCUAGAGUCCCGAGAGCGAGGAGGAGUUAUAACCAUGAUCUGAAAAUUAUGGCACUAACUGAAAAAAUUCAUAAAAUAAAAAACAAUAUUAAGAACGCUAAAUACCUUUACGCUCUGGCACAAGAAGUGGUUGACUAUCUUAAUGAAAUUGACUUCGAAAUAAAAACACGAACACUUGUGGAAGUUACAAAUGCUGAGGAGGAAUUCGAAAACCAUCAACACUUUUUCUAUAUUCAGGCAAGAGUAAUCAUACCAUGUGAUAAAGCUGAUUGCGAAGACAAAGAAGGAGAAAUGAAGAUCUGCAAUGGUGUUAUUGAAGCAAUAGAAAAAGAAAGGCCUCAAAUUCUUAAUGCUUUUUGCUAUGAUGAUAACCAAAAAAAGCAUGUAUUCUCAAAGACCGAGCCAAUAGACCUGGAUGAUCCUGUUCUGAUGAAAUUAACAAAAGAAGCCCUUAAAAAAAUUGAAAAAGAAUCCCUUCAUCACAAUGCUUUGAAAAUAGAAAAAGUUAUACAACCAACCAUAAAAAAAUCUUCCGGUAUCCUUACAAAAUUUUCUCUUAGCCUGUCGUUAACAAAUUGUAACAAAACAGUUCCGUAUGUAAAUAGGGAAAAUUGCACUAUUAUGCAAGGCAACGAUUCUCUAAUUUGCGAAGUUACGAUACUUGAAAGACAUUGGUUAAAAGAGAAAAAACUUACUCAUUCUUGUAUGUCUAGACCGUUUGAUGAAAGAUUUUCUGCCAAGAAACAAGUGGAAACCAAACCCGUCGUGACUCAGGAUCCUAAGAUUUUAGAAAUGGUUCUACAAGCCUUGCAAUAUCUAGAUUCAAAUUCCAAUAGAAACAAUAAGCAAAAAGUCGUUGAAAUUAAAUCAGUAUCUACUCAGCUUAUUGGUGGAUUGAUAACUCAAGUGGAAUUCGUUGCUGGUUACACCGAAUGCCCCAAUGAAUUUGAUGUUGAUUUAAAAAAAUGUAAUUUGCUUGAAAAUGAAGCAUUACGAAAAUGUAAAGCAGAAGUUUGGGAUCGACCAUGGUUGAAUGACGGUAGACAAAUAAAAGUUAAAUGUGAUGAUUCUUUUAAUGGACAAUCUAAAGUAUAUAGGAAAAAAAGGGAUGUUUCUGAUAGCCAACAUCAUAUGGAAACUUAUCAGCUUAUUGGCGGUCCAAAGGUAUCGAAUGAAAAAGACACUAAAUACUUAAACUUGGCUAGAAAGUCGUUAAAUCAAUUCCUGCAAAAUAAUGGAGUUAGUGAGAAAUUCGAAGUCCUGAAAGUUAAUAAAGUAACCGAACAAGUAGUCGCAGGAACCUUAACCGAAAUCAAAUUUACAAUAAUUUCUCAGAGUAAUGGCGACAACAUAGAUUGUCAUUCGAAAGUUUGGGAAAAGUCUUGGAUUAAUUUCGAAGAAAUAACUGUGACUUGUGAAGAAUCACUUAAAAAUAGACAAUUACGACAGAAAAGAGGAGUAAAUGAUCGCCCACUCGUCGGUGCUCCACAGAAAGUAGAUUCGAACGACGGUAAAUACUUAAACUUGGCCAGAAAGUCGUUAAAUCAAUUCUUGCAAAGUAAUGGAGUUAGUGAGAAAUUUGAAGUCCUCAAAGUUAAUAAAGUAACCGAACAAGUAGUAGCAGGAACCUUAACCGAAAUCAAAUUUACAAUAACUUCUCAGAGUAAUGGCGACAACAUAGAUUGUCAUUCGAAAGUUUGGGAAAAGUCUUGGAUUAAUUUCGAAGAAAUAACUGUGACUUGUGAAGAAUCACUUAAAAAUAGACAAUUACGACAGAAAAGAGGAGUAAAUGAUGGCCCACUCGUCGGUGCUCCACAGAAAGUAGAUUCGAACGACGGUAAAUACUUAAACUUGGCCAGAAAGUCGUUAAAUCAAUUCUUGCAAAAUAAUGGAGUUAGUGAGAAAUUUGAAGUCCUGAAAGUUAAUAAAGUAACCGAACAAGUAGUCGCAGGAACUUUAACUGAAAUCAAAUUUACAAUAACUUCUCAGAGUAAUGGCGACAACAUAGAUUGUCAUUCGAAAGUUUGGGAAAAGCCUUGGAUGAAUUUCGAAGAAAUAACCGUGACUUGUGAAGAAUCACUUAAGAAUAGACAAUUACGACAGAAAAGAGGAGUAAAUGAUGGCCCACUCGUCGGUGCUCCACAGAAAGUCGAUUCGAACGACGGUAAAUACUUAAACUUGGCUAGAAAGUCGUUAAAUCAAUUCCUGCAAAAUAAUGGAGUUAGUGAGAAAUUUGAAGUCCUGAAAGUUAAUAAAGUAACCAAACAAGUAGUCGCAGGAACUUUAACUGAAAUCAAAUUUACAAUAACUUCUCAGAGUAAUGGCGACAACAUAGAUUGUCAUUCGAAAGUUUGGGAAAAGCCUUGGAUGAAUUUCGAAGAAAUAACCGUGACUUGUGAAGAAUCACUUAAGAAUAGACAAUUACGACAGAAAAGAGGAGUAAAUGAUGGCCCACUCGUCGGUGCUCCACAGAAAGUCGAUUCGAACGACGGUAAAUACUUAAACUUGGCUAGAAAGUCGUUAAAUCAAUUCCUGCAAAAUAAUGGAGUUAGUGAGAAAUUUGAAGUCCUGAAAGUUAAUAAAGUAACCAAACAAGUAGUCGCAGGAACUUUAACUGAAAUCAAAUUUACAAUAACUUCUCAGAGUAAUGGCGACAACAUAGAUUGUCAUUCGAAAGUUUGGGAAAAGCCUUGGAUGAAUUUCGAAGAAAUAACCGUGACUUGUGAAGAAUCACUUAAGAAUAGACAAUUACGACAGAAAAGAGGAGUAAAUGAUGGCCCACUCGUCGGUGCUCCACAGAAAGUCGAUUCGAACGACGGUAAAUACUUAAACUUGGCUAGAAAGUCGUUAAAUCAAUUCCUGCAAAAUAAUGGAGUUAGUGAGAAAUUUGAAGUCCUGAAAGUUAAUAAAGUAACCGAACAAGUAGUCGCAGGAACCUUAACCGAAAUCAAAUUUACAAUAACUUCUCAGAGUAAUGGCGACAACAUAGAUUGUCAUUCGAAAGUUUGGGAAAAGCCUUGGAUGAAUUUCGAAGAAAUAACCGUGACUUGUGAAGAAUCACUUAAGAAUAGACAAUUACGACAGAAAAGAGGAGUAAAUGAUGGCCCACUCGUCGGUGCUCCACAGAAAGUCGAUUCGAACGACGGUAAAUAUUUAAACUUGGCUAGAAAGUCGUUAAAUCAAUUCCUGCAAAAUAAUGGAGUUAGUGAGAAAUUCGAAGUCCUGAAAGUUAAUAAAGUAACCGAACAAGUAGUCGCAGGAACCUUAACCGAAAUCAAAUUUACAAUAACUUCUCAGAGUAAUGGCGACAACAUAGAUUGUCAUUCGAAAGUUUGGGAAAAGCCUUGGAUGAAUUUCGAAGAAAUAACCGUGACUUGUGAAGAAUCACUUAAGAAUAGACAAUUACGACAGAAAAGAGGAGUAAAUGAUGGCCCACUCGUCGGUGCUCCACAGAAAGUCGAUUCGAACGACGGUAAAUACUUAAACUUGGCUAGAAAGUCGUUAAAUCAAUUCCUGCAAAAUAAUGGAGUUAGUGAGAAAUUUGAAGUCCUGAAAGUUAAUAAAGUAACCGAACAAGUAGUCGCAGGAACCUUAACCGAAAUCAAAUUUACAAUAACUUCUCAGAGUAAUGGCGACAACAUAGAUUGUCAUUCGAAAGUUUGGGAAAAGCCUUGGAUGAAUUUCGAAGAAAUAACCGUGACUUGUGAAGAAUCACUUAAGAAUAGACAAUUACGACAGAAAAGAGGAGUAAAUGAUGGCCCACUCGUCGGUGCUCCACAGAAAGUCGAUUCGAACGACGGUAAAUACUUAAACUUGGCUAGAAAGUCGUUAAAUCAAUUCCUGCAAAAUAAUGGAGUUAGUGAGAAAUUUGAAGUCCUGAAAGUUAAUAAAGUAACCGAACAAGUAGUCGCAGGAACCUUAACCGAAAUCAAAUUUACAAUAACUUCUCAGAGUAAUGGCGACAACAUAGAUUGUCAUUCGAAAGUUUGGGAAAAGCCUUGGAUGAAUUUCGAAGAAAUAACCGUGACUUGUGAAGAAUCACUUAAGAAUAGACAAUUACGACAGAAAAGAGGAGUAAAUGAUGGCCCACUCGUCGGUGCUCCACCGAAAGUCGAUUCGAACGACGGUAAAUACUUAAACUUGGCUAGAAAGUCGUUAAAUCAAUUCCUGCAAAAUAAUGGAGUUAGUGAGAAAUUUGAAGUCCUGAAAGUUAAUAAAGUAACCGAACAAGUAGUCGCAGGAACCUUAACCGAAAUCAAAUUUACAAUAACUUCUCAGAGUAAUGGCGACAACAUAGAUUGUCAUUCGAAAGUUUGGGAAAAGCCUUGGAUGAAUUUCGAAGAAAUAACCGUGACUUGUGAAGAAUCACUUAAGAAUAGACAAUUACGACAGAAAAGAGGAGUAAAUGAUGGCCCACUCGUCGGUGCUCCACAGAAAGUCGAUUCGAACGACGGUAAAUACUUAAACUUGGCUAGAAAGUCGUUAAAUCAAUUCCUGCAAAAUAAUGGAGUUAGUGAGAAAUUUGAAGUCCUGAAAGUUAAUAAAGUAACCGAACAAGUAGUCGCAGGAACCUUAACCGAAAUCAAAUUUACAAUAACUUCUCAGAGUAAUGGCGACAACAUAGAUUGUCAUUCGAAAGUUUGGGAAAAGCCUUGGAUGAAUUUCGAAGAAAUAACUGUGACUUGUGAUGAGUCACUUAAAAAUAGACAGUCGCGGAAAAAGAGGUCAAUAAGCAUUUCUAAGCAAAAACGUUCCUUCAAAGGACGCCCCAUUAAACAGCAACCCAAUAAAGCCGAAUAUAAAGUUUUAGCUGAAAAAUCACUGCGAACAUAUUUACAGGUCCAAAAAAUAACAAAUAAACACAAAGUGAUAUCUGUUGAGCGAGUGACGUCACAGGUCGUAUCAGGAACUAUCUAUGAUAUUGACUUUAUUGCGUCACCUAUUUGCUCUAAAGUAAACCAAAACAAAAAAAAGUGUGAUAUAAAUGAUGUCAGCAAACUCUAUUGUAACGCGAAAAUUUGGAAUCAACCUUGGAGGAGCCAGGAAAAAAUCGAUGUUGAUUGUAAUAAUGGUAUUAGUGAAGAAGAUGAAAAAUAUUCCAGAAGAAAGCGCAAUAUCCUAGGAGCUCCCACAAACUAUGUUGAUGACGAAAAUAUCAAAUCUUUGGUUGAAGAAGCUGUUACAAAAUACCAGAAAUUAUCAAACACCAAGUAUGUGCAUAAGAUUGUAAAAAUCCACAAUGUGAGUGAACAAAUUGUAUCUGGUAUUAUUACUAAAUUGGAUUUUUCAAUUUCGCCUACAAACUGUUUGUUAGAAGACAAUGCUAUGCAUAUCGAUGGUUGUCAGACACAAUCAUCCGAUAAAAUAUUACAUUGUAAUGCGCAAGUGUGGGUUCAACCAUGGAUUCAAUCAUCUAAAGAAAUUGAAAUAAAGUGUGAAAAAAAUAGUGAGGAAAGUAAAGGGGACUUAGAGACUGAUAAGUUUUCAUCUGAUCGAAUAAAGAGGCAAAUUACGCAUGAUGAAGAUGAUAUUGAUGAAGACACAAAGUAUUAUUACGCUGAUCGAGCUGUGCAUUACAUAAAUGAAAAAGAAUCGACAAACAAUUUGAAUAAACUCAUUACUAUCCACGCGUUUGAAAGCAGUACUAAUAUGGGAGUCAACAUGAUAAAAAUGUACAUCGAAAUAGGUUUAACUUAUUGCUUAAGACAUGAAGAUGAAGCGGAACUACAGAACUGUGAAGAAUUGUCUGGUAUCUAUCACAAACUUUGUUAUGUUCGGUUGUGGCCAUCACCCGAUGAUGAACUAGUAGUUCAAAGCUUGGCUGUGGUCUGCGACGACGAACGGGACUUCAAGAGCGUCACAGGCCUAUCGAUAACGAAUCUUAUCAAAGAAGCUGUUAAGGAAUUAGAAUCUUCGCCUAAAAUUAAAAACAAGUUGGUUCACCUCGGUGAACCACACGUAGUACCUAGCCUCGAUUCCCGUAAGCCCACGCAAUUAAGUUUUAUAGUGCGAGCUACAAAUUGUUCCAAGUACGUAGAUAUUGAAAAAGACCGUUUCCAAUGUUACAUUGAUAAUUCUAGACUUCCUAAACCUUGCACAUCAAGUAUCUGGAUGGCAGCCAACACAAAAAAAAUAAGAAAAGUCACAACACGCUGCAGUAGAUCACUACCGAAUCGUAGCAGAAGAUCGCUUUCGUUUGAUACGACAAACACAACUUCCGACGAAAAACUUAUCCAAGGUAUGGUAAGGGAAUCAUUGGACAAGCUAGAAAUGUCGUCGCUGUUAAACUAUAAACAGAAGUUGCUGCAGAUUAACAGUUUUAUGACUAAUAUAACCAGAGGAAGACUAACAACUAUAGACUUUGAUGUAGCUUAUACGACUUGCUUAAAAUACGAAUGGGUCGAUAAUAUGACUGCCUGUGAGAUAAUAGAGCACCUGCCCAGAAGACAUUGCAUAUCACAGGUGAGGGAGCGGCUGUGGAUACAAAAUGGCAGAGAAAUAACGGUUAACUGCGACGACGAUGAAACGCCGCUAGAAUCUCAUAUAGAGUAUGAGACCGCUGAUAACGGAAUGGCUUUGGCUAACGAGGCUUUGAAGCACAUCGAAGCUAAAUAUCCUCAUCCAAAUAAACAGAAAAUUGUAAGAGUGUUCUCGUUGGAAAAACAGCAGGUUGCUGGGUUGCAUUUUAGAUUGAAAUUAGAGGUAGGCAUUACAGACUGUCUAGCUUUGAGUGCCAAGAAAGACUGUAAGCUAACAAAAAACAUGUCAACAAAUAAAUUCUGUCGAGUAAAUAUUUGGUUGCGUCCAUGGUCUGAACAUCCACCGCUUUAUAGGGUGAUAUGCGACUAUCAGGAUGAAGCAUCACACGAGUUUUUCUUCGAAGUUCAAGCUGAACGUCUCUUUUCCGACUUCCUAACUACCUACAUGCCGGAUUACGUCGAUAAUAAAUCAGAAAUGGUCAAAAGAUACAAAAUAUUUAAGGACAACGUUAAAAGAAUACACGAAUUAAAUAUCCACGAGCGUGGAACAGCAACUUACGGAGUUACUAGGUAUUCGGAUCUGACUUAUGACGAGUUCGUAUCAAAAUAUAUGGGCCUUAAGACACAUAUGAGAAACGAAAAUCUGAUUCCGAUGAGACAAGCGGACAUCCCAGAGGUGGCUCUUCCUGAAAACUUUGACUGGCGCGAAUAUAAUGCUGUCACUGAGGUCAAAGAUCAAGGUUCCUGUGGAAGCUGCUGGGCGUUCAGUGUUACCGGUAAUAUAGAAGGUCAGUAUAAGAUCCAGAACGACGAGCUGGUCUCUCUGUCGGAGCAAGAAUUGGUAGACUGUGACAAACUGGACGACGGCUGCAACGGAGGCCUCCCAGACAACGCCUACAGGGCUAUAGAGCAGCUGGGCGGCUUAGAACUGGAAUCUGAUUACCCUUACGAGGGCGAGAACGACAAGUGCGUGUUCAACAAAACGAUGUCCAAGGUCCAGAUCAGCGGCGCCGUUAAUAUAUCGUCCAACGAAACAGAUAUGGCUAAAUGGCUCACACAGAACGGACCCAUCUCUAUUGGUAUAAACGCGAAUGCGAUGCAGUUCUACAUGGGGGGCAUCUCACACCCGUGGAAGGUCCUCUGUAACCCCACCAACUUGGAUCACGGCGUACUUAUAGUGGGCUACGGAGUUAAGAACUACCCUCUCUUCCACAAGCGUCUGCCCUACUGGAUUGUGAAGAAUUCGUGGGGAAAGUCGUGGGGCGAGCAGGGCUACUACCGGGUGUACCGAGGCGACGGCACUUGCGGCGUCAAUCAAAUGGCCAGCUCCGCCGUCAUAUAGCCUCGGCCUAUAACAUGUAGCUGAAACAGCUGACACGGGGAGUGUUAAUGUAAAAAAUGACUUUAAAAAAAAUACAUUGAAAUAUUAUAGUAACUUAUAAUAAUAUUUUGCAGGCACUUGUUAUGGGUAAACUUCUUAUGAUUUUAUACUUCCCUGGGUCAGACCUCCCUUCCAUGGUUCUGUCUCGUCCUGUUUAGGCUCGAGCGUAAAGUCCCCUUGUAAAAGUUAAUCUCUGAAACUCGUGAACCAUUAUGUAUACAAACUAAACGUUUAUUAGUAAUAAUUACUCUUAUAAUAUUGAUGAACUCUUAUUGCCAGGGUAUAUCCCCCCAGGGUAGCGCACGACGGGCGACAGACGAGUCUUCCGUUCUCAGCAUAAUAAUAAUAUAUUUUAUUAUAUAUGGCACUAAAAUGCUUUGAUAUGGCAAUAUUUUUAUAUGCACAUAACAUUUUUUAAUUGUCCCGUCAAUAACAAGUAAGGUCAAAAGUGUAUUACAAUUUUGUACUUGCUGUAUAAACCUCACUCAAUAACUGUUACAUUAAAGGGACGUCUCUAUCUUAAAAAUAGUUUUUUGUUAGCGAAUAAGCGAAUAUUGUUUUUUUUAUAUAUUAUAUAAGCAUAUUAGGAGUUCUGUCAGGUAUUCUGACCGCUCUUUAUCUCUUUGUUGUAAACUUAAUACUCAUUCUUAUGAAAUUUACUUCCAUCUGAUAAAUUAAGGUUUUUUUACGUAUCUUUUUUCUUUCUGUGCCAUGAGUCUGCUAUAUGUCGAAUCUAACUUAAGAAUAUCUGAAGUUAGUGCAAUCAAUCAAUAGGUGUGUUAGCUUUGUCUUUGUGAUUGGAUGGCUUUAAACUUACACUCGAAUAUCUUUAUUAAAAUCUAGCUGUAAGUGCAAACUCUUUAACUUUUUAAUAAAAUUUUGAUCAUGUUG